AUGCCAAAGGUUAAGCCUAAAUUAAAAGCUUCAUUGAUAAAACUUCAACAAGAGAAACAAUAUCGGGAUAAAAUAAAUUUUUUACCUUCACACCCGUACCCAAAACCGAAAGAUAAGCACAAGUCUACUUUUGUUAAACCACCACCUACACCACCUUAUAAUCCCGAGGAUAAAAUAUUGUUAGUAGGAGAAGCAACAUGUUUGGAUUCGGAGGAAAUUUUAAAUAAAAAAUAUGAUGAUGCAAAAUUACAUAUACAAUCAUUUAUUGAGUACGGUGGGAAAGUAAUUUAUGAAGUUGAUGCCACUCAACUGGAAAAAUGUAAAUUAUUAAAAGGUAAAAGAUUUGAUAAAAUCAUAUUUAAUUUUCCUCAUGCAGGAUUGGGUAUUAAAGAUCAAGACAGAAAUAUUUUAUCGAAUCAAAAAUUAUUAAAAGCAUUUUUUAAUUCGGCAAUACCAUUUUUAUCAUCAAAAUCACUUUAUUCGGACAUGAAUGAUGGUGAAAUACACGUAACAAUGAAAACGGUUGAACCAUAUAAUCAAUGGAAUGUUAAACAAUUAGCUAAAUCUACGGGUCAUUUGGCUAUAAAAGAAUCUAUUGAUUUUAUUCCAAAUCAAUAUCCUGGUUAUGAACAUAGGAGAACUUUAGGUUAUCAACAGGGAAAAAGCAAAAAUGAUAAUGAUGAAAUCUUAUCUAAAAAACCUAAAACUAUUAUUAUUGCUAGAAAAGAAACUUUGGAAUUAGAAAAGCAACAAAGAGAAGCUGCUGAGAAUAGUGAUGAUUAUGAUGAUAAAAUAAAAGUAAGCGGUAGAAAGAAAAAGAAAUUUGAUGUUAACAGGAGAGGAAAGAAUUAA